AAUCAUCAGAGUUGCAGCAGGCCAUACACUUGGUAUGCCGUUCCCUGCAUGCUUCGCAGGACAUGGCGUGUUAGAGCAGCAAUAAAGCAGAAUGGUUGUGCGAAGCGGGGAAAGCUGGUCGCCGGAGCUUGCGGUAUAUAUUGCCCUUUCGGUCGCUCUCUCGGGCAGGCUGGCCCGUUUUGACCCCUUGGAUUCUUCGGCUGUGCAGAUCGAGUCAGUCCCGAUGUCGAUCGGUGGCCAUGGAGCCCGUCUCCCUUCUGCAUAGACGUACAUUAUGUGGUCCACACAUGAUCGAUGACAUGGAGGGGAGCUUUUGCGUUUUAAGCUUCAUUCCAUUUAUCUCGCUACAGUUGAGCGUCUAUCUCCCAGCAAGUCUCGUCACUUCAGAAUUUCCCCAAGAUGCCUCACGCAGAGUCACCUGAACCCCAGCAGACUCCAGGAGAAAAGUUGUUCGUCAACGACGGACAGUUAUCUCCAGAUCAGUGGUCCGAACUGAGACCUACAACCGCGGAUACGCCUAUUGACGAGGUCCGUAGACGGUACAAGGAAGAUGGCUAUGUCUUUCUCAAGGGCCUGAUGCCCCGGGAGGAUGUGCUCAAGGCCCGAGAAGAAUACUUCAAACUCCUGUCGCCGAGUGGCGUCUUGAAACCUGGAACAAUGCCGGUGGAUGGGAUUUUCGAUUCGUCCAGGGACAAGCUCGAUUUCCCUGGGAUUGGAGCAGGCUCCGCGGAUUCCAAUGGCCGCCCUACUGGGCCUCAUCCGGAAGUCGCUCAAUUGUUUGUGGACCUGGCCCUCAAAGCACAUAGCGAAGAUUGGUACAAGGAAGACUUCUGCAAGCACCCAGCCCUACGAAACUACAUUGCGAAGUUGACUGGCUGGGGAGAGAACACUCUGGGUAUUCGCCGGACACUCUUGCGGAACAACACGCCCGGCAACAAAGCCAUUGGUGUGCAUUAUGACCAGAUCUUCCUGCGGCAUGGCGAGGAUACCGCCGUGACUGCCUGGGUACCUAUGGGCGACGUCUCCAGACAAGGUGGCGGACUGAUCUACCUCGAGAGAGGUCAUACGCUCGGUGCCGAGAUCGAAGAGCAGUUCACCAAGAAAGCAAGAGCGUCCGGGUUGACCGACCAAGAAGCAAAGAGUGCAUUCAACCAGAAUAUGAUGAGCGGCGGGCUUCUCGCGGACGGGCCGGCAGAGUUUGGAAAGCGGUACAAUCGUCGGUGGCUGUUGACGGAGUAUGAGGCGGGUGAUGUCGUGCUGCAUAAUGCUUAUGCUAUCCAUGCAUCCACGAUCAACCAUGACCCGGAGGACAGAAUUCGAUUGGGGACGGAUCUCAGGUUCGUUGAUCAGUCGCGGCCAUGGGAUAGGCGCUGGGCAAAUGACUACACUUUUGGCGAUGGUGUGUAGGUAGCGAAUUGGUGACAGUAACAUGCAUAGCAACAUAAAAAUUCU